GGGAGACGACAGCUUUGAUUCAAAUCGUGCCUUCAGAUCUCAUCAUCAAGAAUGGUGGCAUUGCCUUCUUUGACUGUUCCUAUCAACAUGCAGAUGUUACUGAAUGGUAUUUUGAAGAAAAACCGUUGUCAACCAACGAAAGGAUCACCAUCCAUUCUAAUGGCACCCUGCAGAUCAACGAUGUGACUGAAUCAGACCAGGGUCUCUACAACUGUGUAGGAAUCCGUAGUGAAUCUACAGAAGUACCUCAAAGCUACACUGCCAAAUUGAAAAUAGCAUACAUCGAACCAUUCGUCCUAACCUCUUUCGAACCGCCAUUGCCGGACUCCAAGAAAAAAAUUGUUGGAGAAGGAUUGACGUUUCAGUUGACAUGUCUGCCAACAAACAGCUCACCUCCAGCUAAACAAUGGUGGGAAAGACCAAACGGCCAUACGAUAUCUGAUAGUGGAGACGUAAGGGUUGAUGAUGGAAGGUUGAUUAUCGAUAAUGUCAAGUCGGAAAACGCUGGUCUUUAUAAAUGUGUAGCCGAGAAUAUAGCGGGUAUUACGGAAAUGGCAGUGGAAUUGAUGGUUACUACAAAACCAAAAAUUCUGGUACAUCCAGUAAGCGUUACUGUCGACGAAAAUGAAGAAUCCAUACUACACUGUGAAUUUGAAUCUGACUCUAGGCAGCACACGAUAGUUAAAUGGAGAAAAGAUGGCAAAUAUCUGAAACACGAUGACGAAUCUUCCAGUUACCAAAGAUUGAAGAUUUUCAAGAUGAAUGGCACUUUGGUGAUCCAUAGUACUCAGGCAACUGACAGGGGGGAAUACAUUUGCGAAGUCAUUACUGUAGGGCAGAAACCAGUAGCUUCAAAACCUGCUACGAUAUCAGUAAUUGAGCAACUUCGAUUCGUUCCUGCUCCGGUUAACAAGAAAAUGGAACUUGGAAGUAUCGCAAAAGUGCACUGUAAAGCUCAGGGUACGCCCCCUCCAAUAAUCCGAUGGGAGAAGGAAGGGGUUCAAGUAGAUAAUUUAACCAGUCACAUAACGGAUAUGAAUGGUACUUUACAUUUCAAUGGAGUCCAGAGCGAAGACAAAGGAAGAUAUAAUUGCAUCGCUAGCAAUAGUCAAGGGACCAUUAAUGCAUCGAUAAACAUUGAAGUAGUUGUGGCUCCAAGAUUCAGCACUCUACCAAAAAAUCCUAUCGAAGCAAUUGAAGGUCAAUCAGUUUCUAUCGAUUGUGUGGUCGAAGGAGAUCCUAAGCCUACUAUACAAUGGGACAAAAAUCUCAAGAUGAACGAUUUUGAUCUCGCUAGAUUCAAAGUGCUAAGUAAUGGAACUCUAUUAAUAAGCGAAGUCCACAGAGAGGAUGAAAAUAAAUAUGGAUGUACAGCUGGCAGCAGUGCCGGACUCAACAGGAAGGAAGUUCAGCUGAUUGUUCACACCCAAGAAGCAGAUGGCGAUUCUACAGUUACUAAGGCUGUUUUGAUAACAAUGUCAGUGGCUGGUGCUUACAUCAUUUUAGUUAUUGGUUUGAUGGUUUGGUGCAGGUAUCGACGUCGAUCAAGAAAAUUACCACUGAAUGACGUAGGAAAAACUGAGAAUGGAGAUAUAGAGCACACUGAACUCAAGGAAGCACUAUGUGGAAAUGGUUCAGACUCUUCAAAACCCAAAGCCAAUGGGAUCGAAAACCAUAAAGAAGGUCAAAGAAGUGAUGGUGCAGAAACUACACAUUCUCAGUCCUCUAACAAUUCCAAAAAAUCUAAAUCUAGUAACUACGACAAACUGGCUUUAUCUCGGAGCCAUCUGAAAGAUAUUAAAUUGAUUGGAAGAGGUGAGUUUGGAGAUAUAAUGAUCGCCAAAAUAGCUAAAACCUUAACAGUACAUGACAAAAGGGCAUCCAGAAGUUCCCAGAUCACGUCUCCAGAAGAAGUUGUUGAUGACAAGGAAGUACCAGUACUGAUUAAGGCACUGAGUCAAACUAAGGAUGAAGGAUGUCUAACAGAAUUUAAGAGAGAGAUUGACAUAUUCAGUAAAAUAACGAAUGAGAAUAUAACAAAAUUGUUUGGUUUGUGCAGAGAAGUUGAACCAAAUUUCAUGAUUCUUGAAUAUACUGACUGGGGCGACUUGAAAAAGUUCUUAGUUGCAACACAAAACGACAAUUCACCUCCUCUCACGUCAGUUCAGAGUGUCGCAAUCAUCCAACAGAUUAGCCGUGGAAUGGAUCAUUUAGCUAGCAACCGAAUAGUUCAUAAAGAUUUGGCUGCCCGAAAUUGUCUGAUCACGUCCACUCUAGUAGCAAAAGUUGGUCUUCCUAGGUUAACUAGAGAUCCGUAUAGUCAAGAAUAUUGCAAACAUGUUAAUCAGAUAAUUCCUUUGAGAUGGUUACCACAUGAAGCAGUAUAUGAAGACGAAUAUUCAACCAAAAGCGACGUUUAUUCAUUUGGUGUUUUGAUGUGGGAAGUAUUCGCCAGAGGAGAAUUACCUCAUUCCAAAAUAAACGAUAAUAGCUUCCUUACCAAGCUCAAGGAAAAGAAAUUAGAAUGGAAAAGUCAUCCCUCAACUCCAGAAUCACUCAUAAAGUGGCAAGAAAGCUGUUGGGACUUGGAUCCCCAGAACAGACCCUCAUUCUCCGAAUUGUCCAAGGAGCUGGCAGAAAUACUCAAAUCUAUGUAAAUAUUCGCUCUUAGUUGUUAAGAUACCGAAACCAAAUUCAUAAAAUGAUUUAUUGAAUAUCUAAGCUUCCAUGUAUCGAAAAUGUGCAGAAAUGUUGAAAAAAUCCCAAGUGAGUUUACUGUAUUGAUUUUAUUUAUUUUAUUGUUAGUGUUGAUCGUGUGAGAAAUUAUAAGAAUAGACUUUUUCAAAUUGAUCUCAAAAGUCUUAGGGUUUUAAGCCUGCGCUUGCAUUUCGUUGAGGAAUUUUCAAAGUUUCUAGCCAAAUACGAGCACAAUUUUAUCAAUUUCCUUCAAAUCUAUGUAUGAAAAUAAUUUAUAAACAAUUCUCGAUUGUAAAAGUAGGACGUAUUUAUUUUAUUUGUAUGAUUAAUUUGUCCAAGAGAAUAAGGCUUGAAUAUAUUUACCUUUGUACAUAUCA